GCUGCUACAAUUGAAAUCAUUAGUUUAACAACCGAACAUAAAAUCAAUGAUUUGAACGCUACGAUAUCUCUUAUGGUUGUUAAUUCCUUUAUCAGCGGAAUAGGUUAUACGUGUUCUAAAUUUGCUUUAAGAAAGACGAUCCCAAAGAACUCGGCUGAUGAAUUUGCUAAAAUUAUUGAUGAAUGA